AUGAGACAGCAGCACUGGUUUGGGAUGACUGCCAGGAUGGGCACCGUGUUAUCAGGGGUCUUCACCAUCAUGGCCACCAACAUGUACCUCAUCUUCGAACAGAAGUACAUAAAGAGCAACGACUGCAUUGAGAAUUACGUACAGACCAAGAGCGCAGGUGUCCUGGUAAAGCAGUUCAUCAUCUGCUGGACUUCCAAUGUUGUCUUCUUCCUGUCUUUCAUUACCAUCAUCAUCAGCUGCUUCCUCCUAUACUCGGUAUAUGCCCAAAUAUACCGGGGCUUGGUGAUCUACAUCAUCUGGAUCAUUUUCUAUGAAAUUGUAAACAUUGUAGUUCAAAUCCUUACCAACAAUGACUCUGUCAUUGAAGAGGUCAGGGUCGUGCGCUGGUUUGGCUUGCUGUCCCGUAUAUUCAUGCACUGUUUCUGGAUGUUCUAUAUCAUCUCCUAUGCCCACAUAAUCUAUAAAAGUCAAACCCAGGGCAAUAUAAUCUCCUACAACAGACGUAUUUCUACAGGCAAUGGAGAGUUCCCACGAAGGAAAUCAAAGAUCAUCAACUUUACCCGCCACUAUAGUGGAUAAUGUUUACCCUUGUCUCUCCCCUUCACAGGCAAAAAUCCCAGGUUCUGAUGGUAGUUGUAGCUCCAUCUCUUUCACUUUUGCUGAUCUGUUCGGCUAUAGAGCCCCUACUGCCACCUUUUGGGAGGGAACGUGGAGAGAAAUGACAUUAUAAUCACAACUGGGACCACCUGCUCACUGAAGGCGUUUGGUAAAAGGACAAUGGUUCUAUUUCAAGCGCUCCUUGAGUUCCUCCUUCCUUUGUCAAUCAGCACCACCUUAGAGGUCAACAUAAAGACAGCAAGGGAAUGAAACGAAGCUGACUUGCAGCAAUCCUUUCACCUUGGUGCUUGUCUUCACAUCAGCUUU